CGGGUUGUUCUUGGGGUACAUGGGCGGCAAUCGUUUUCAGCUCAAUUGAAUCUUCAAUUAGGGCUUAGAAAACUCAAGAUUAUACUAGAAUAGUUGAGAAAAAUGAUAAUUACGUUCAUGGGCAUCUUGUAAUUUGGUAGUUGUUAUUUUUCUUCGUUGCGCGUGAGUAUCAAGUUACCACUGAUGCAAGUUGUCUGGUCAAAUCUAAUGCUUUUUCAUCCAGAAGUUUAAUCACAUGGCCACGCUUCAAAUGUCAGAAUCUUUUGCAAUUUCAAGCAAGAAAUAGAUCCCAGUUCAUAGAUGCUACUUGGAAGCUCAUCAACACCAGUUGCUCAAGCCCCUUUUUCUCAGAGAGUCGUAAUAGAUUACAUACAAAUGAUAUCGCAUAACCAAAAUCUCACUUCUUCAUGUUGUGCAUAGUUUGAGUUCAUUCUUGCAAAUUGCAAUUCAUCUCCAGAGUCUUCAUCGAAUUCUCGGUUACCUGAUUUUAGUCCAAAACUCAAUAGCCUUCGACAGAAUUUUUUUCGAGGAGCUCUGUUUGAUAGUAAUUUGGAAGAAAUAGCUUCAACCUUGUUAGACAUUAAAGAACUUUGGAGCUCAAAAACUGUGGUUAACAAAUCUUUGCAUAGGCAAUACAAGUCAUGUUGCACACAGAACGGUCCUUUUCUAUAUAUAAUAGGGAGGAUGAGUUUGAAGAAGCGAGGGAAAAUGGAGAUUCAGGUGACGGGAAAUUGGAGAGGGGAGCGAUAAUUGGAGAAAGUAUUGAGGAUGAAUUUAGUUUUGGAAAGAACGUAAUGUGCAAGAUUGAGGAAGGCGAUAAUGAACAAGAUGUAGAAGAAAGAAAGAGAAAUUUGAGUCGAAUCAAAGAUCUGAAAAUUGAUGUCGAAGGUGAGUCUGCGAGUCAUGUAAUUUAUCGUGAUACAGGGGCCGGGAUUGAAGGUAUCGGUACUGAUGGGGUUAUUCAACCAUCAAAUUAUAAUGAUGGUGAUUAUCCUGAGAAUUACUACGAGAGGAUGACUAGGGAAGAUCCUUCCAACUCUUUGUUUCUGAGGAACUAUGCUCAAGUUCUGCAGUUGAAGGGUGAUUUUUUGGGAGCUGAGGAAUACUAUUCCCGUGCUAUACUAAAAGAUCCUGAAGACAGUCAAACGCUUCUGCAGUAUGCGAAAUUGAUGUGGGAGCUCUAUCAUGACCAAGAUAUAGCCUCGACUUAUUUUGAAAGGGCGGCCCAGGCUGCUCCUGAAGAUAGCAAUGUUCUUGCUGCAUAUGCUAGUUUCCUUUGGGAUAUAGAUGACAGUGAGGAUGAAGACCGCGCACCUAAUGAACCGAUUCAGAUUGAAGAAAGCACCAUGCCGAUUGACCUUCAGAGAACACACUUCGAAGAAGAUAAUAUACCAGCUAGCCCUCCUUUACAUCUAGCAAUGGGACUGGGAAUUGAUGUACCUAGUUUCCAUGAUGGCACUGGUACUGAUGUUGAGGAAUAUUACCGCAGGAUGGUUGACGAAAAUCCACGUAAUAAUUUAUUUCUCAGGAAUUAUGCUCAGUUCUUACAUCAGUCGAAGGGAGAUCUCAUAGGAGCUGAAGAGUUCUACUCACGUGCAAUACUGGCGGAUCCUAUUGACAGCGAGUCAAUUUCGCAGUAUGCUAACUUGGUGUGGCAGCUUCACCAUGACAAAGAUCGUGCUGUCACCUACUUUGAGCGAGCAGUCCAGGCGACUCCAGAAGAUAGCAAUGUUCUUGCGGCAUAUGCUAAAUUUCUUUGGGAAACAGGGGAUGACGGUAUAGAAGAUGUUGCAUAAGAAGCUCAUAGUCACUUGCCACUCAUAGGAGCGACAACUGGAGCAAUUCCUCAGAAACGAUGACUAGUAACUAAUUGCCUGUCAAUUUUUCUUAGCUUCCCGUUGUCGAUUUAAAAUAUAUUGUUUAUCCAUGUAGAGAUACAACAGAAGAAGGGGAAGAUUGUGUCUAUCAGCAGUUCAGCACUAGAGUAAUUUCUGAAAAUAAAAGUGAGAGUUCCCUACUCUCUAUCGCUUGGAAACGUCGAAAUUCAAAUCACUUUUAUUUGUUAGAGUGGUUUUAUGAAGGUGCUGUUGAACACGAAAUUUAAAUAAGUAUCUGUUUUGGACGGACUCUA